AUGUCCGAUCAAGAGAGCCCCGCACAGGUUCCCGAUGGCCAGCCAAAUCCUGUGCUGUUUGGACCCGGGCUCAAGGCCUUGAAGGACGAGGCGUACACCCAAGCCACGAAUGCGACUCCGUCCUUGGAUGCCGAUAAGGAAAGUCAACUGGAGACCGAUGCGCCCUCGUACUUUGCCAAUAUCCCAGGAGCUCAGACUUCGAUCGACCCCUCCGAUCUCAGCUCGGUACCACCACAGGAAGCAAGAAGGACAUCAUCGGGGAUGGACUUGUUGCGCCGGUUGAGUUUGACGUCCGAGACGUUGCCUGCCUCGCCCGAUGUCGAUCAGCGCGUACAGCAUCCGGGACUCAACCUGAGUGGUCGUUUGAUCAGUGCUGCCUUUUGUAUCCCAUACAAGCUUUACUUCAAAUCAGGAUCAGACUGGACACUCAACCCACGAUCCGGCACAUCGGCGCUCUUUGAUUCCUUCGCUCACCUUGCCUCUGACGAGACGAGCUGGUCUCACACCUUAGUAGGCUGGACCGGAGAGGUGGAGCCGGUCCUGGACACCAAGAUUCCGCUGCAGCAAAUUCUUGUCAAUGUGGCGGAUAAGAUUCCUGGCACCACAUCCCUACCACUCAACAAGGCCGCUGCCCCGGUCCCAGUGAAUACCAGCCAACAACCACCAACACAUCCGCUCUUGGAGGGUAUUCAUGUCGCUCGGGGAGAUCGGGAACGGCUCGAUGGUCAGUUGAGUUCAGGGCGCUUUGGCCGGAUUCUCCCGGUAUGGCUGUCCGAUGCAUCCGAGGAGCCCGAAGACACCAUUCUACUCAAAGACCAAGGAAGGUGGCGACGAUACGCGGAGCGUGAGCUUUACCCUCUGCUGCACUACAAACAGCAUGGUCCGACAGACGGCCGAUCUGAGCGACGGUGGUGGGCCGAUUACAUUCGGUUGAACCAGCUGUUCGCGGAUCGCAUUGUGCAAGACUACCAAGAAGGAGAUGUUGUUUGGGUCCAUGACUACCACCUAUUUUUGCUGCCCAGUCUACUGCGCCAGCGCAUCCCCAAUAUAUAUGUGGGGUUCUUCUUGCACUCUCCCUUUCCUAGCAGCGAGUUUGUGCGGUGUCUAGCGAAGCGCAAGGAGGUGUUGACGGGCGUGCUCGGCGCCAACAUGAUCGGCUUCCAGACCUUCUCCUACUCUCGGCACUUUUCCUCGUGCUGCACGCGCGUGCUGGGCUUUGACUCCAAUUCGGUCGGCGUGGAUGCCUAUGGGGCCCACGUCGCGGUCGAUGUCUUUCCCAUUGGGAUUGAUGCACGUUCCAUCCAAAGGGCCGCCUUUGGUGCCCCGGAUAUCGAGAAAACAGUGUUGGGCAUCCGCAAGCUCUAUGCCGGGCGUAAGAUCAUCGUCGGGCGCGACCGGCUGGACAGUGUUCGGGGCGUCGCACAGAAGCUACAGGCAUUUGAAAUCUUCCUGGAACGGUAUCCUGAAUGGCGUGAUAAAGUGGUUCUGAUCCAAGUGACGAGCCCGACGAGUGUGGAGGAAGAGAAAGAAGACCCUGAAAACAAGAUUGCCGGCCAGAUCUCCAAUCUGGUUUCCACGAUCAAUGGCCGCUUUGGGUCUUUGAGCUUCUCGCCCGUGCAGUAUUAUCCGCAGUACCUCUCCCAGCGCGAGUACUUUGCGCUGUUGCGCGUUGCGGACGUUGGGUUGAUCACCACGGUGCGGGAUGGCAUGAACACCACCAGUCUCGAAUAUAUCGUCUGCCAGCAGACUAAUCACAGUCCCCUCAUCCUCUCCGAAUUCUCCGGCACGGCGGGCACGCUGCCCAGUGCCAUUCACAUCAACCCAUGGGAUCUUGUGGGCGUGGCGGGCGCCAUUGACCAGGCCUUGAAGAUGCCUCCAGACCAGCGCAAGGAGCAACAUCUGAAGCUGUACAGACAUGUGGUCACCAACACUGUUGCGAUGUGGUCUCGGCAAUACCUGAAUCGCCUCCUCACGAACCUCUCCUCGUUUGACCAAUCGGUUGCCACACCGGCGCUCGACCGCGGGAAAUUGCUGAAGCAGUACCGCAAAGCACGGCGACGGCUCUUCAUGUUCGACUACGAUGGCACGCUGACGCCAAUCGUCAAAGACCCACAAGCGGCCAUUCCGUCCGACCGGGUACUACGCACCAUUAAGAGCCUGGCGGCAGACCCACGCAAUGCCGUCUGGAUCAUCAGCGGACGGGAUCAAGCCUUUCUGGAUGAGUGGAUGGGUCACAUCCCGGAACUGGGGCUGAGCGCCGAACAUGGGUGUUUCAUCCGCAAGCCGCGAUCAGACGACUGGGAGAAUCUGGCUGAGAGGACGGACAUGGGCUGGCAAAAGGAAGUGGUGGAGGUGUUCCAGCACUACACGGAACGGACACAAGGCUCCUUCAUCGAGCGGAAACGGGUGGCCUUGACCUGGCAUUAUCGCCGGGCUGAUCCAGAGUAUGGUGCAUUCCAAGCCCGUGAGUGCCGUAAGGCUCUGGAGGAGACGGUGGCCAAGCGGUGGGACGUCGAGGUGAUGGCGGGCAAGGCCAACCUUGAAGUGCGGCCUACGUUUGUCAACAAAGGAUUCAUUGCCACGCGGCUGGUCAACGAAUACGGCACGGCACCUGGCAAAGCUCCGGACUUUAUUUUGUGCUUGGGCGAUGACUUCACCGACGAAGAUAUGUUCCGGGCUUUGCAGAAAUUCGAUCUGCCGCAUGAUCACGUCUAUCCAGUCACUGUGGGUGCCAGCUCGAAGCAGACGGACGCCAACUGGCACCUUCUCGAGCCCGCCGAUGUCAUUGGGACAAUCCAAAUGCUGUAUAGUAGCUCCAACCAGGACUACUGA